AUGAUCGACGUGUUGCUCAGGGAUUUCAAGUUGGAGUCAGCGAACGGUGUGCGAACGCCAAUCGGAGAUGAAUGCAAUGAUGAUAACAAGGAUGAUGUGGACUAUCUACCCGCGAGAGGUGCAAGCGGUGAGCCAAGUUUGAGUGCCUUUCAAUCCUUGGUCGUGAGUCUGCUAUGGAUCGCAAGAUGCACGCGGCCCGACAUAUGUUUUGCAGUGCAUAAGGCAACUCGUCAAACACACAAGCCAACCACCAAGGACUGGAAGAUUGCGAAACGCAUUGCAAGAUACUUGAAGGCGACAAAGAACUUGAGUUUGCACCUGAACGGCAACGGACCGACUCAACAAAAUGUCAAGAUUGAGUGCUGGAGCGAUGCAGACUUCGCUGCGGACAAGGCGGACCGACGCGAACUGCUGGGUGUGAGGGAACUACUGCUGGAGCUAAAGCUGCAGGUAUGCAUGCCGAUGCCUAUGUGGAUGGAUAAUCAAGCGGCGAUCAAGCAACUCGAGGCAGAGAAGAGCACAACGAGCGCGAAGCACGUGGACACCAGGUUUAAAUUCAUCUGCCACUACGCGCGUGAAGGAAUUGUGGUUCCCAAGUACGUCAAGACUGAGAGCAUGAUGGCGGACAUUCUGACGAAGUCCUUGCCAGCGCCGAGAAUGGAGGAGCUACGCAAGAUGUUCAACAUGAGGACGAUUCAGGCUGAAGUCGAGGAGGAGUGUUAG